AUGCGACCUUUUGUUCUCUAUAGGUGGCAUUGUACUUAUUCAAUGCCCUCUACCUCCAUUUCCCUCAUCUCUUUCAUCCCUGCGGAUUACCCUAAACUGUCACCUUCAACCUGCUUCACAAAAAAAAAAUGGCCGGCAGAGACCCUAUAAAGAAACAUAUCAUUCGCAAUUCUGUGACGCCCAAAGAAUUCUUGAUUGAGUUCAUGCGUUGUGGAAGGGAAACAGAAGUACCAAAAGUCAAAUUCUCCGGCUUUCCAUGCGAUGCAAGUAAGGCUGCUGAUAUAGCCGACCCACUGUGUCAAUGGAUCAAAGACGCACGUAUAUGUCCUGGCUACCAACUCAUCGAUCCCUCAAAGUCCUUUUCAUUUGCCAACAAUGAGGACCACAUGAAACAUCUACUGCUCUUUCCAACGGGCCUGGACUUCUGGCAAAGCCCUGCAGACUCCUGUGAUGAAGACGAAAGUUCUGAAGACCUGGAGAGGCUAAUUGAACAUGUGGCUACUCAAUUCAAUCGUCAACACCGCACCCACGCCUUCUCCUUGGUCAUCUUUGGCCGUUAUGCUCGAUUUCUGCGAUGGGACCGUGCGGCCUGCGUAGUAUCAAACAGCUUCGACUACCACAACUCUCCCAAAUGGCUGGUCCACUUCUUAUGGAGGUUCUCGAUUUUCAGUCGCGCGAAACGUGGAUUCGACCCUACCGCCACUGACGCCACACCUUCCGAAGUUCGAGCGUUCAAGGCCGCCGUGCGCAAAUUCAUCAAAACUGCUCCUCGAAACGCAGAUUUCCUCAUGCCUUCGCUGGAAGAUGACUAUCCCGUUUAUAAAGUUGAAGUCGAAAGUUCGAAUGGCGAGAAGAUGCACGUCGUCAUUGGUAAACCAUUCCAUGGCUACAAACGUCCUACGUGUGGCGGUCGCGGAACACGGGCAUAUGCAGCCUACCUUCCAUCCGAGAAACGCGUUGUCUGCUUGAAAGACUUCUGGCGUCCUGGUUGUCCCGAUUAUCCAUCAGAGGCAGAGGUGUAUCAACAUUUGCAGGACCAUGACGUCCCGAACCUUCCGACAGUCCUUGCUGCAGGGGAUGUCUCCGUCGGUGAUCGAUGUCAGUUGACUCGAAAUCAACGACAUAGGGACAUAUGGGGUUUCAUUCAUCAACGUAUCGUGCAACAGAUUGCGUUUCCACUGCAUACGGCCAAGUCUUCGAGAGAGCUCAUCCAAGUAUUCAGGGAUGUCGUCGCAUGUAUGAGCAGAGCGUACAGUUCAGCACAAGUGCUGCACCAGGACAUCAGUGAGGCCAAUGUCAUGAUAACCGGAGAAGGGCGAGGAAUCCUGAACGACUGGGACAGCAGCUGGAGGAAGACCGCAGAGAGCCCAGAAAGCAAAGGCCGUGUGGGGACCUGGAGAUUCCUGUCCAUUCACUUCUGCAAGAACCCGUUCAAAACUCACGAGAUCCAUGACGACCUCGAGUCAUGUUUCUGGGUUCUCAUCUGGAUGGCUGUUCGCUAUGUCAAAUCAGUAAGACUCUGGAGAUGUUUCAGCUGGGACCUCUUCGAUAAGUCUGAAGUAUAUAGACUCCGUGAGGUCGACGGAAAACCCGUAGCGGACCUGAAAGACGGCCGCAAACACGAAGUUGGUGGACUACUCAAGGAAUUUUUCAUCGGUCAUGAGGGUAUGCACCAACUCGCAUGGCGAUGUCACCCAUUCCACACGCUGCUCUACGACCUCAGGGAUCUUUUUGGUUAUUUAUAUGGUGUAAUCAGAAAGAAUGAUGAACACAAACCAGAUUACGUCCAGGAAUCCAAAAGUCACCACGAGUUUUUUUCCAAUCCCAAAAACCUCGUCGAAAUAUUCGACGAUGCGUUAUCCGAAGACGGAUGGCUCGAGAAUGACACAGUCCCGAAUAUGUUCCCAUACAACACAACACAGGAGUGGGAGGACUAUAUGAUGAGAUGUCGAUACCGAGCCAUGGACAGACCGGCACGGGAGGGCUCCCAAGGUACUGAGAUUAUCACCGAGGAUGAAUCUGAGGCUCCGGCAACCGUCACGCAAUACCCCAUAACGUUCCCACCCGAGGCUGAGGAGGAGGAGGAAGUUGUGAAACUGGUGCGAAGGUCGACGCGAGUGAGGAAAGUGGUCAAGGACAGACUGAAUUCUAUCGAAACAGGGAAACCUGGCAAACGAAAAAGGAUGAAUAAUGAUCAGGAUGGUUCGGAGCAUGAUAUUGUGCGGCCUAAGACCAGGAGACGUAAGGGUGAGACUUAGAGAUGUGAAAAAAAAUGUCUCUUCCCUCCGGCUCAACGCUUGAGCAUAGAGUAGAGUAUAUCAUGGUUAUUUGAGAACUGUACAUUACCACUGCUUUAAUCAACC